UCUACUGGAGUCCAGUUGGCCGCUUACCAGAUUGCAGCCAUUUCCUAUUUCUUUCCUUCAUUCCUUUUUCCAGAGCUUUGAAAAAUGAAAUAUCAAAGUCCAAAUUCCCCGAUCUCUUGCAAUUGAGCACCCAAUUCUUGUCAAUGGAUCUGGAGGUGGGGCCAGUUUCAUAGAUCGUAGAGGGGGGUGUCGGUGGCUGUUGAAGAAGAAGAAGAAGAAGAAAGAAGAAGAGAAUAGGAGGGACAUGUCUCCGUCUAAUGGACGGAGUGAUAGCGGAGGAGGAAAUGGAGUGAACUACAUAGAGCACCAAGUGUCCAAGCUUGACACCCUCGCCGGUGUGGCCAUCAAGUACGGCGUUGAGGUAGCCGAUGUUAAAAGGAUAAAUGGCUUGGCCACAGAUCUUCAAAUGUUUGCUCUCAAGACUUUGCAAAUACCAUUACCAGGAAGGCAUCCACCAUCUCCCAGUUUGUCUGAUGGGUCUGUUUCUCCAGGAGAAAACAGCACUCAAGAAACACCCCCACGUCUAGGCCAAUCUAGUAUGUUGGGAUCACUCCAGUCCCUAAGAUUGAAUACACCCCAACAGAAGGCUACUUCAGCCAUGAGCAGUUUACAGAAGUACUAUGGCCUGAAAUCUCCAAAUCUCAAGGGUGCAGCUGAAGGCACAGAGAUGGCAGUUUAUAAAACUGGAAGUUCAGAUUACUUCGAUGAUGGACUGCUGCCCAAAGCCUCACCAAUUGCUGAUUCACCUUCAAAUUUGCAUCAGAACUCCAGAAAUUCAAUUGAUGGUUUCUUGCCUCAGAAUGGUGCAGUUGCUGAGUAUGGGCUUCUUCCAGAACUUGGAGAUGGGGAGGGUGAGAAAUCUGAUGAAAAGUCUGUCCGAAGGCGUCAGAAAGCUGAGGUUGAUGCUGGGGCUGGAACACCAGAAAGGCUGUUGAAAGGAGAAAACAGUGGUGGAAGCAGCGGUUACUCAGUUUCAACAGGUAAAGGUUUAGCCAUGAGGCCCAAAUCAGCAAGCCGAACGACACUGUUCACUGAUUCAGAGUCAGGUUGGUUGAGUUCUAUUCCAGUGGGGUUAGGAGAUUCCAUAAUAGCUGAUGGGCUAGCUGCAGUUCGGAAAUCGUCAAGCGCAUCAAGCCUGAAAGACCAGGAAACUAAUAGCUCAACAUCAGCUUGGCCAACUUCAAAGUGGAGUUUAAAACCAGAUUUGCAAGCUCUCUCAACUGGAUCCAUCACUAGACCAAUCUUUGAUGGCUUACCAAAUCCAAUAAGUGGCCGCAGGAACAAAGCUGCCCUUGAUUAGCAUCAUACAUUUGCGCAUUUGUCGAAUUAAUUUGCUUCUCCACUUCAAUCUAUUGCACUGAAAUUUCGCAGCCAGACAUUACCAUUUACAGAUACAUCGUAUACUUGCAAAGUGUAUUUGAGAAGGAAGAAAAAGCUCAAGAGAGGAAAAGGAGGGAAGAUAAUCAAGUAUUUAAAUAUCUAUUCAACGAUUGAUGAUUACCCAAUUGUAUAUGAGAAUGAAAUUUCUAGUACGAGGCAGUAGCAGCUAUAGAAAAAAAGUGUGAUGAAAAAGGUAAACAACUGCAUUCUUUUUUCCUUCAAUUUUUAAUCCCAUGCUUGGACUGGGAAUUUAAGUGUAGAUUAUUAGUCUCAUUUGUCACAUAAUUGAGUCAAAUUACGUUGCUUCCUUCCCAAUAGUUCACCUCAUCACAAUUGUAUUAUUUCGUGCUUUGGGUAUGUCAUGAAGAAUGUAUAUUGAUCUAUAUUGGAGACGCUUGUUUUCUAAUGUAUUCCCAUCGGAGUGAUAUCACCAGCAAUGAAUUAAACUAA